AUGCCUGGCAUGUCGCUGUUGCUCGUUCUCGAUCGCGAUGACGUCGGAGAGACGGAGAGACGGGCGAUCCGGGCGAUUACUCAUCCCGCGGCGAUCACCGAACGGGUAGGCGGCCGAGCGAUAAGCCGAGGAAUGGGUAUGGGACUAUUUGUUCAUGGCGAGAUUACCUCCGAACACCGACUAGAUUUCAUUGUAAACACUGCACAAACUAGGUGUAAACACACGACAAACUAUGCUCAAACAUGGCACAAACAUAGCUCAGAUAGCGGCAUAUAUACUAAGUCCGGCGUUAAGAGGUAUACCUCGUUCCCUAUACCCGUAUCGGCUUCAUCGGAACCCAGGACUCACAUCACUUCGGUACACUGGGGUUGCGAACGGAUCGAGAUGAGUGGUCCCGGGCCACUAAGGACAACGCGGUCGAGUCCAGCGGCAAGUUUCAGUCCCUAUGGAAGUCAGGGCCGUCGCACACCCGCUCCAUCACAAACCUCGUCAACAAGACCACUCCAACCCGUGAUAGAGGAGGCAGAGAACGUACCGCAGCAGGGUCUCCGGAUGUCCAUCGGUCGAUCAAGACUCAGCUCAUCCACUGCUGGACCCGCUCGAACAAUGCUGUACGAACCUUGGCAAUCCUCCGAACCACGAACGUCUUCUCCCCCGCCGACAAGUCCUACACCCGCCUCCCGCAGCCGCCAGCAGAGCUCCCUCAUGCCACUUGAUAGUGCGUUCUCGGGAUCGACCGCCGUUGGCCGAGACCAAAGAGAGCAGAGGAACUAUUCGCAGAAGAUCCAGAUGUUAGAGGCCGCAAUCGCUGUCAACAAUCAGCAAAACGACGCCAUCUUACAGCGUCUAGCUGCCGCCGAAAUCACCAUCUUUAACCUAUCCGACACCUGCAAAAAUCAACAACAGGCUAUUCAGGCAAGCGAGGAGCACGCAAACGAACUCACCAUCCGGAUCGAUGAUUUGGAGAGCACGAUCGACGCCUUACAAUCCUCACACGCCACUUCCUCUACUGCCGAAGGCUCCAGUCAAGAGGAUCGCCGUGCCGUCAAGGUCCUGCUGAAGCAGGCCAUCAAAAUCCUUCACGGCUGCGACGCUCCUGUCAUACCCCCACUGCCCGGGACCGAUGUUCCUCUUCUCGAAGCCGCAAACGGCGAGGCUGGCGGCGAUCGAGCCAUGCGAUGGGACUAUAUUCGGAAGUUCCGCGAUCGGGUCAACGCCAUCGAAACGCAACGUCUUCUUACAUACCUCCAGAACAAGCGAGAUGAGAUCCCCCUUCCCAACGAUAUCCGACGAGACGACAUCCCUCCUUAUACUACCAAUUCCAACCUCUACAUCGAUUGCAUUAGCGACAUCUUCAGAGCGUACCGGAAGUCCUUCUAUUCCUCGACCAGCAAGACCUGGGAAACAGAGACAAAGGCGGAAGUCGAAGCCGCGAUUAUCGAACUCAAGGAGCAGCUGGCAAACCCUACGCCACAAGGAGAUCCCGCAGAACUCGCCAAAUGGGAAGGAUUCGUGGCGGAGAUGGACAAGCUAGUGCAGUCGGCCGAGGCAGAUGAUAAGGGGAACGUCAGGUCGAAGCUGGUGGUGCUGGCUCGGCAAUUCAAGGGCAAACGCAUGCAUACAGAGGCAUACCACGGACCUGAAUAUGCGUGUAUGGAGCAACUUCACUGUCUACCAGCGCCAACAUCGGUCAAGUCGGACGACGGGUCGAGAGAGUGGUACUGGCCAGCGAUUGACGGGGUGUUCUCGCAGACGUACCUGAACGUGUUUAAUACGAUCUACGAAACUCGUGACCCACUCAUCAAGAAUCCUAGCGACAUUGCAGUCGUAGCCCCGGCCGAGUUCCAGCAUCCCCCAUACGAGCACUACUGGGCGACGACCUUUCCCAAAUUGCACGAGAACCCCCAGCGAUGGAUGUUCGAUCCGGCGUGGUUGCAAGCACAAACCUCUGACAUCAUCGACUUGCGCGUCGUACCAGUCGAUCAUCCAAUGGAUCCUGAGGAGGUUAAGGACACCCAAUGGUAUAUCAAUCAUCCGCAGCAGCUGGGAAGACUUGCACGCACCGCGGGAAAGGCUGCUGCAGCGAAGAAGCCCGCGAAGAAGAAGCCUGCAAAGAAAAACACGCGCUCAGUCUCGAUCGAUAUGAGGUCGUCACAGCCCCCCACAAGCCAGAGCCAAACCUCCCUUUCUACCCAAUCGCAACCUACCGGUGGACCUGGACCCAGUCCGGCCAGAGACGACGGCAUGGAUCAGCAGCCAAGUCGGAUUAUGAAGGGUCGCAGCGGACCGGCCUCCAGCUCUGUCACCCCUCGAAUUGGUCCGACGGCCUCUGAAGGCGGAUCUCGUGGCACGCAACUUGCUGGUCCAUCCCGACAACCCCCAAUUACCCAGCAUCUGGCGAAUACGAGGUUCGACAGCGAGAGCAACAGGUCAAGUCAGCAAAACAUCGACCCCAUGUUCCGUGGGUCCACUUACAACAAACACAGUCUCAGAGGAUCGUCGUCCCAAUCGUCUUCCAAACAAGGCAGUCAGCAUCGCACGCAGGCAGCAUCCAUGUCGACAUUUAUACCCCCCUUACCACGUACCCUCUCUACCGCUAGCAUGCCCAGGCGGGACGGAUCUAGCCAAGGCCUGUCAGCAACCCUGUACAACGGCUCACCUGGGCUGGGGCGUCCGGCCAAUCCUUUCGCUGAACACGAUCGCAACUCUACCGCUCAACCGACCGAUGAUGGGAUGGAAGGUCGCCGCUAUUUCUACCCGGACGACGAGGGAGACGAGGGAGACGAGAAUGAAGAAGAACCCAACGAAGGCUUCCAGGACGAACGAUUCCACGAAAACCAGGCUGGUCAUUCUGACCAUCACGACGCAUACCACGAUUCCUUCAUGACCUGA